UAUAUAUAUAUCCAUAGAGUAAUUAUUAUAAGAGAGAGACAAUGAUAAAUCUUUAUGAAGAUAAUAUUAACUAUGUAAACAGAGUAACCGGAGAAGAGACAGAUCAUGUUGACUUUAUUUAUCAAUUUGUAAAUACUUAUCAUUGUAUUCAAAAUUACAAUAAUUUUAGCACUACAUUUAUUAACUGUAAGAUAACUGAGCCACCUAUCACAGUUACAAAUUAUGAAGAUUUUAAAAAGAAAACUUACGAAGCAUUGAUACACACAUCAUUUUUUUCAUUUGAUGAUAUACCAUAUGAUGAGUCACAGGAUUUUAGGAUGGUCAAUAAAAUACACAAAUAUAUUGAUAUCGAAUUUUAUGAAGCGUGUUAUCCCAUCAAAGUGUCUCUGUAUGGCUUGGACAAUUGCAACAUUCACCGAGUUUGGGCACAAAACUCUGAUGGUCAAUGGUUUGCAGUAUGGGAGAAUGAAUGGGAGGAUAACAUAAGGGGAUUAAUCCAUUUUGUUGCUUGUAUGCAGCUGUCGUGCGAUUUUAAAACGAAAAAGCUUAAAUUUCAAUUAUUUCCUUAUAGAAAUACCCCAAUAGAGGUAGUAAAAGCUGUAAUACUUAUUGGUACAUCAGAAUUAAUCUUUCCUAGAAGUCCUAAAAAGAGUCUAUGUACUCUAAGUCACCUGUUAGAAAGCAUUAAUUAUCAGAUCCAGGACAGACAUGAACACGACGGAACAGAUGAUACAGAACCACAUUCGGAUAUACUUGAACUUCAAAAGAACUUUAAAAAAUAUUGUAUUAUUUGUAAAAGCGAUAUAUUAAAGAACUUUCAUAAAAGUGAGCUCGGACGCAAGCAAAUGUCUCGACAGAUAAUCAGUAGAGCGCCAUUUUUUAAGCACAUACAUAGAUAUCGGCAGAUAUAUAUGCGUCACUUUUUAAAAAGUGAUUCAAAUUAUACAAAGUGUAUGAAAGAUAUUAAACCUUAUUCAGAUGAAUCCAAAGAGCGAUCAUCUUACAAUUUUUCUACGCUUCCUGAUGAAGUGAUACUAGAAAUAUUGAAAAAUUUAGAUAUGACAUCGUUAAGCCGCAUGAGUAGAGUCAAUAAACGCUUGAAUAUGUUAUCACGGGAUUCUCUGCUAUACAAAUAUUUAAACUUGCGAAAUAUACAUUUAACAUACAUGCACAUUAAUCUUUGUCAGUUAUUGAAUUACUUUGCACCCAGAUGUAAAAAUUUAUUACAGUUGGAUCUGUCACUUUGCACGUUUUCUACUUCGAAAUUUAGAAAAUUUGUGAAAACUUGCUGCAGGAAUUUAACGCAUCUAAGAUUAAGUGAAUGCUAUUAUGUUGAUUUUGAACUACGUUAUAUUUCAAAGAUAUGUAAAAAUUUGAAAGAAUUGGAUCUGAAUUAUUGUGAUGGCAUAACAAAUGAAAAUAUUUCAUACCUCAAGAAUUUACAAUUUUUGGAAAGUUUACAACUUAAAUAUGUAAAAGCUAUUGAAGCUAAUACUUUGUGUGAAAUACUACAGAAAAAUGGACAGAUGCGAGACUUAAGUUUGAACUGUACGCUUCUAAAUAUAGAUGCAAUUGCAAUGGAAUUACAGAAUUCAUGUCCAAAUUUGGAAAGGUUAAAUUUAAAAGGCUGCAAAUUUACAUCGCAGGGCAUUGAUGCCCUUGCCAAUUGUAAAAAUCUGAAAGAAGUGAGUUUUUCUAGCUGCCAGUUGAUCGGUAAGGUCAGUGGUGAUAUCUUCGGUAGAUUGUUUUCUUCCUGUCAACUGGAAAAAAUCGACUUUAGCAGAUUUAAAAGCCUCACCGAGCGUGAUUGUGAAACACUAACAGUGUGCAAAAACUUAAAAUACUUAAAUUUGGAAAAUGUAAAUUCAGUGACACCUGACAUAUGUUCUCAGCUUUUCGUGAAAUGUCCUAAAUUGAACAUUCUCGAUCUUAGCUACUGUAAUUAUAUCAGUAAGGAUUUGGUUGACCAAUGGAACGAAAAAUACAGUGUAAUUGUAUUUUUUGAUUACUAUAUGUUACAAUAUAAUUUAUAAAUCAAUAUAUACGAUAAAACUAUAAUUAUACAUACAAUGUAAUUGUCAUCGACCAUCAUAGAUCCUUACAAUUUAUGCUAGAAUUUACAUGCUAACUUUAUUAUUCCAUAUACAGUCGGUUUUAACACAACAAAUGUACAAGUUAGACGAAACGAAUAAUAUUUUAAAUUUGAUAAUAAACGUGUAAAGUACGGCUCUUU